GAGAGAGAGUGUGUGAGAGAGACAGAAAGGCAGAGAGAGAGGGCGCACACAUGUACAUGAGAGAGCAGGAAUUGGUUUGAGAAUGUGUGCAUGUGCUUGUGUGUGAAAUAGAGAGAGGGAGGGAGAAAGACAGAGAGAGCGAGAGCGAGCGAGCGAGCGAGCGAGCGAGAGAGAGAGAGUCUGCGCGUUCUCGUGUAAGGGGAGCAAGGAAAAGAAGAAUUUCACCGCGGAGCUUGACUACAGCCGCAAUCAGAAAGUAAGACUCCUCCCCCCCUCUCUCUCAGACGGAAUGUGGCUGUACUUCCUGUCGGCGUGCGCCGGGGGCGUGGCCGCCCUGUACGUGCUGUACUCCUGGCUGAUCCCGGCCGCCGUGCAGUACAGCGGGUGGUGGGCGCUCCUGUGGCACGACGUUGUCGUGGAGCGCACGCUCGACGUCCUCACGGGCUCCACGCGACCCCAGCGCCUCCUGAGUGCGGUGCAGAAGAACGCCACCCGGGGAGACGCCCAGAGCGUGAUCUCCGCCAUCGACCACUUCUGCCGGCACAAGGAGUGGGCCAUGAACGUGGGCGACGAGAAAGGCCCCAUCCUGGACGGCGUGGUGAGCGAGGCGAACCCCGGCUCGGCCCUGGAGCUGGGCACGUACUGCGGCUACUCCACCGUGCGCAUCGCCCGCCUGCUGCCACCGGGGGCGCUGCUGAUCACGCUGGAGUUCAACCCGGCGUACGCUGCCGUGGCCAGGCAGGUCAUUGACUGGGCGGGGCUGCAGGACAAGGUGCGGCUGGUCGAAGGGCCUUCCGGAGACCUGAUCCCCCAGAUGAAGGAGCUCUUCGGCGUCCAGACUUUCGACUUCGUUUUCCUGGACCACUGGAAGGACCGCUACCUGCCCGACGCCAAGCUGCUCGAGGAGUGCGGCCUGCUCAGGAAAGGCUCCGUGCUGCUGGCGGACAACGUCAUCUGCCCCGGGACCCCGGAGUACCUGGAGUACGUCCGAAACAGCCCCCGCUACGAGAGCCGCUACUUCCGGUCGCACCUGGAGUACACGCGGGCGGAGGACGGGCUGGAGAAGUCCGUCUUCCUGGGGUAGAGAGAGAGAGAAACGCGGACACGUCUCGCGCGUCCAAAAACCGUUUACAGGAGCGAGAAGUCGCCCUCCUGCUUCAGUUUAGCAGCAGUAUUAACUGCAGGGCUCUCGUACCCAACACAGAUAUUCCUUUUAAAAACAUUUUAAAAAAAGGUGAAGCACAAUUGUCGCCCCUCACUUCACUCACUUGUGUGAAGCUGGACGGGCGGCAUUUAGAACGACUCGCUGUCUGGAGACUGCUACUGAAGGACCACUGAAAUGGAUCAAAUU